AUGUACUGUGCUUUAUGUCGGAAACAUAAUGUGGAUUUAGGAGAGAAGACACACAACUUUUGUUCUGGGACUGAUGAUUUCAUAAUUGAAAUGAUCAGUGACCACCAUAGUAGUGAAGCUCAUGCUUGGGCAACCUGUAUGGAAGAAGCUAGUAGUUGUGCACCAAACACAGCUACCACUGAGCAGAUGCUAAAGAGCAUGAGUAAAACAACCCUAGGAAGAAUAGAAAACCUCUUCAGAACAUGUCAUGCUAUUGCCAAAACUGGGCGCCCCUUCACAGAUCUGGACUGGAUAUGCCAAUUGGAUGAUAUGAAAGGGGUAGACAUUGGUUCCAUAUUUAGAAAUGACAAAACAGCAAGAAUCUUCAUUCAUUUUAUUGCUGAAGUGGAGCGCAGGGUCUUGAAAGAGAAAUUGGAAAAAUGCAAGUUUUUCUCACUGAUUAGCGAUGGCAUUACAGACAGUGCAAACAAAGAAGCUGCCCUGGUAUAUGUACGUUUUGCAAACCAAGGAAAGAUCCAUUGCCAAAUUGUUGGAGUUCAGUCUGUGGAAAGGUGUGAUGCCUCCACUGUGAAAAAUGCCAUCGUGAAACUGUUACAGACCAAUUUGCAGCUCAGUCUGUCAAGCCAAGAUUGGGCCAAAAAACUCAUUGGCUUUGCAAGUGAUGGUGGAGACAUUAUGGUGGGACAAAAUAAUGGUGUGGCUAAAUUACUGAAGGAAAUCCAGCCACGUAUUCAGAGUGUGCAUUGUCUUAUACAUCGACUCGAAAUAGCUUACAAGGCAGCUCUGCAGAGCAUCCCACUAUAUGUUGUUGUGACAGGUUUCUUGAAAAACAUAUAUUAUUUUUAUCACAACUCUCCAUCAAACAAGAACAACCUCAAGAUUGUUUAUGAAGCUCUCAAACUACGACUUACAGUCCCUUCUCGAAUUGGUGGCACCCAAUGGCUCUCUCGUUUGCAGACAGGUCUUCAGAUCAUUCUUAAAGGAUAUCCAGCAAUUGUCCUACACUUAAAUAAGAUAGAAGAGGAGCCAUGUUCUUCAAAUCAACAGAAAGCCAAAGACUUCUUAAAGCUCCUUCUGAGGACAAACAUUAUUAAGUUUUCACACUUCUUGCUGGACGUCAUUAAUGUCCUCAACAUUUUAUCUCGUGUUACUCAGGAUCAGAACUCUUCUAUUGCAGAUGUGUUUGCAACAUUACAGUCCACACAAGAAACUCUCCAAAUGUAUCAAGAAAGAUUGGGACCAAGGGAGCGUCAGGUGGAAACUGUCACACACUUUCAUGGAUAUCAACUUAUAGGAGAUGGCAAUAUAUCAGCAGUACGGAUAGAAUUGUUAAGCAGUCUUUUGAAUCAGCUACUUGAUUGUUUUUGUGAUGCUAGUGAAGCUGUUCUGAGAGCAAGUGCUAUUGGAAGUUUUAAGCUGUGGCCAGACAAAAUCAAAUCAGACUUUGGCGAAGUGGAAGUUUCUGUUCUGUUGAAGUAUUAUGAUUUGAUCCUGGAAUGUGCCAAUGUGAAAGUUAAUGAAAUUGAAACCGAAUGGAAUAUGUUGAAAGCGGAGCUAUAUAAUCGAUAUCAAAACAUCCGGAGCUUGACAUGGGACCUGGUGAACAGAGAAUAUUUUCAUAAAUAUCCAAACAUCCUCACCCUCAUAGAUCUAGUUCUGACACUGCCAGCGAGUUCCAAUGAAGCAGCUCGAGGUUUCUGCCAAAUGAAGCUUACAGUGAUGCAGAAACAUUCAAAGCAAAUAUUUGAAAGCAUGAGUGAUCUCAUGGUUAUUCAGAUGAAUUCUCCAGAUAUCAACAACUUUGAUCCCCAAAAAGCUAUUCAGUUGUGGAAUAUUUCUUGCCAAAAGAACAGAAAAUUGCAGGCUGUUCAGCCUGAAAGAGCAGAUUAUUCAUCUGACUCUGAAUGGGAAACAGAAAGUUCACUUGGUAGUGAUUAG